GAAUUGUUUAAUGUUUAGAUGCAAUCAACAUGCUGACCAAUGAUAUCAAUACCACUGAGAUUGUUUCUACUAUACCCAUCUCAACAAGUACCAGCAUCUUUAAUACAUCCACUACACCAGGUGAUCACACUGUGGAUGACAAGGAGGACCACUCCCUGAGGUUUAUCAUUGUCCCGAUAUGUGCUCUUGGAUUUGUGGUUGUCUUAACCGUUGUGGUAUUACUGUUCUUGAGGAAGAAACGACUGGAUCGGUUACGCCACCAUUUGAUGCCUUUUUAUAACUUUGACCCUGGAGAAGAGGGAGAAGAUUGGGAAACUGAACUUCUAGAAGAAAACGGGGAUUAUAACAACAUGAAGGGGUACAAGUCGAUGGACCACCGCCACACUGUGAGGCAAACACUUCUAUCUACUGAUUAGUUAUUCUGAUUCUAUAUUUUAUGUUUCCAAGUUAAAUACUAUCCUUAACCUUCUUAAAAUUUAUAUUUCUGGAUGGACUGUUAUAUCCUAUUGGUGCUAAUAUAUCACUAUGGUAACUAAAGUUUCAGAAAUAUAAAUUUUGGAGGAAGUUUAAUCUUACUUUGUGACAUAAUAUAGAUGACUUACUUUCUAUUUUAUACUACAUGAUACCAGACUUGAUAGUUUUUCAACUAUCUGACUGUACAAGAUCUUUUUGUGGCACAAUGAAAUAAAUCAUAUGUGUACAGUUUAAAAUUCUUCCCUGUACAUGUUAGACAGUACUAAUUGUGUUUAUCCAUAGAUAAAAAAUUAAUAAAUAACAAAACAUUUGUUGAAAAAGUUUGAAAAUAUUUUAACAGUUCUAAAUCAAAUUUUUAUCUAUAUUCAAAGUUUUUAAAAUAAAAAAAUAUGGAAAUUAAUCAAUUUUAUCAAUAUAGCAUAUUGUAAUUUGUGAUUACAAACAGCUGCAUAUGGUAGUAAGCAAUAUUUUUGUGUUAGUGAAAUUAGUAUUUUAUUAACUCAAAUAUCAGCUUUUUACUUAAUACUUCACUGUAAUAUUAAAUAGAGAUAAGUUGGUUUCAACAUGAAUAAUCACAUAUAAUCUUACAUCUUAAUUCUGAGUAUAAUUUUGAUUUUUUACUUCAAAUCUAUUUUUGAUGCAUGUGAUAAACCUGUUGUAAACUGCCAUGAAAAAAUUUCAAUGUAUUGAGGAGAGCUAUAAGAAUCGAUUUAUUCAAGGCUCAUUUGGAAUCAACCUAUCUGUAGGUAUUAAAUAAUGCAGUAUUUUCUCUAGUGCCUAAUCAAAUGUUUACUUUUCUUGUAGUAAAAGCUUGAAUCAGACUAUCAAAUAUCAGUGCCUAACUAUUUUUUAACUUUCUGUAGGUUUUAUAUAGAGUAAAAAUCCAGACCAAAAUUAAAUUAUAGAUGAAACUGAACACUAAAAUUAAUAGUAGAGUUGUUUUAUAAAUAAUAAACUUUGAUUUUUAAAUUCUUUUAAAGAGGCUAUUAGUAAAAUAGAAGGAGUUUUCUUAAUAGUGAAAAUUAAGAUCUAAAAAAAAAUUACAUUUAACCUUAGAAUUUAAAAUAGCAAUACAUUUACAAAGUGUAAUAUAUUUCAUUAAGUAACAUUUUCAAAAGUUAACUUUUGAGAGAAAUCUUUGUUAUAAUUAUCUAUAGGUUUUCUAUCCUACAUUUCAACAACUUCUGUAUUAUUGUAACGUUUUGUGGUAAUUUUAAUAAUUUAUGUAAAUCUAAUUCAAGCAUUUAAAAAUAAUAAGUAAAACUAUUUAUUAUUUUACAUUUUAAAAAUUAUAUACAAUUGUAUAGUUGGUUUAAAGUAAUUUUUUAACCAAUAUAUUUCAUAUCAAAUAAUCCAUAUCAUAUUAUGUACUAAAAUUAUGUCAUUACAAUAAGAAGAAAACUUUUUAUUGAUGUAGAAUUACAAAUGCAAUUGUUUGUAGUAAUAGAAUGCAUUUGAUUGUUUUGUAUUAAAUUAUUUAAAUGUACUCUAGUUAGCAGUGUGUCUAAUUUCCAGUUUGUGUUUUUGUGUUCUCAAAAUAUAUUUAAUAAAGUGUUUAUACAUUUGUUAUUUUUACGUUAGCUACUGUAUUGUAUUUUAACAGCUUAACUGGUUGAAUUAAAACUAUUGUAUAUAACUGUACUAGUUAUUUGUAUUUGAAUACACUUCUUCAAAAGUUAAAAAUCCUUACUUAGGCUUACAUAAUUUUUUGCUUUGAAAUUUCAAUAUUAUGUUAUGCAGUGCUAAAUGGUAACUAACAUUUAUUUUUGUGAUAACAUCAAUUAUGGAUAUUUAUGUUAUAUAUGCUUCAAAUUCCUAUACUAAUUAAGAAAUUGAUUCGUUAUAUUUGAAUCAUCCAAUUGUUUGUCAGUAAGGUGAGUAACUAUGAAAUACCAAGUUGUGUAGUAAGAGAUACUAUUGUGUGAUUAAUAAUAUACUUAUGUAAUUAAAUUAAUUAAUUGUAAUUUAGCAAGUAUGGAUAGUUUUUAUCUUGCAUGUCUGGUUUUGUUAGAGAUAUGAAAUAACAAUUAUAUGAUGGUGGUAAUUUUAAUUUUCUUGAAGGCCUCAUGAAACUAAUUAAUUUCUUUGUUAUAAAUUAAGAAUAUUUAAAUAAAAUACUUAAGUACCAAUCAUGAGAGUUUUUUUAUUGUAAUGUAAUAAUGAGUUAAAUUAUUUGUAUGUAAGGGCACAUUUUAGAGUUCAUCGUCUCGAGUAUUAGAAGAACCAAUUACAAAUCUCACCUUGAUUAUCAGAUCUAAAGAAAAAAAUAUUUAGGUUAACCCUGGUCGUAGUGGGUUUUAGUUUCUAAAAGAUUUUUUAUACAUUUGUAUUUAUUGAUGGGUAAAUUAUGUGCUUAUAUGUAACAAAAGUGGUUAAAAAAGCUAAUUAGUAAAUCUGCUUUGAUACAGGUAUUGCAUUGCAGCAAUAGUGUGAUGCAAAAAUAAUAUUUUGAUGUGUCAACUUUGCAUUUUGUAGUAUUACAGAUGUCAUAAGUCCACUGUGUAUUUGGCUCAGUAUUUUUUCUGUGCACAGUUCUUCUGCAUGUAACAAUAAUAGUUUAGGUCUUCCAAUUGUACUGUGUAACUUAGUCAAAUUGCAACUUUUUUAGUUGAUUUUGCUUUUUUUUGUGAGCGUAAUCCAGAAACAAAUGCUUUUGACCCACACUGUAUUAAAAUUAUUAUGUAAUCUUGUGAAGGAAGCAAGUGCAUAUUAGAAUUACCACUUCAAUCAGUUGUAUUUACUAUGAUUAUAAUGUAAAUUUUUUUUACAGUCUAGUGCUGUUGAUUUGAUAUAAACUUGCAUUUAAGAACGCUUUUUACUAUUUAAACAAAGUUGAGUUUUACCCCGUAAGAAAAAUAUUAAACUUAAAAUAAUUUUACAUCCUCAUUUAUGAUCACAAAGUUAUAGAGAUGUCUCAUUUCAAAGAUAUGUUUAAUGCUCGUCCAAAUGCUAUUUAGUUUUUCUUGUAAGGUAUAAUAUUCCUUUUAAAUAUUUAAAAACGAAUUAUACACAAAUAUUUUACAUUUUUUCUGAACAACCUAAAAUAAAAAAAAAUACUAAAUGUUUCAAUGUGUAUUUAAUCAUACUUUGAAAUGAAACAUCUCCCGUAUUUCUAUGACUGAAAAUAAGGUAGUACUUUAACAUUGUUCAUAUGGGUCUUGUCAGCUUCUUAGUGCUAUGAUGCUGGUCAGCAAUGUUUUGAAUCAGAAUCUUCAAAAGUACUGAAGAAUUAAAAAAAAAUACUGAUGUUAUCAGGUAUGGUAGACAUCCAAGUUACUUCUAGUUGACCUUAUAACAUUAAAACUCUCAUCUAUCGUAAUAGGCAUAGAUUACUCAGUAGCCAAGUAAUAUUAAUUUUUAUAUAAGUCUAGGUAUGUGCAGACCGUGAGGGGAAACAAAAACACUGAAGUAAAUGUGAUUCUUAUUUAUAAUGCUGUAUUUUAAAAAAAGUGUUGCGUUUAAGUAUUAGGCAAUAUGUACUACCUUAUGAGCUUUUCCAAUUUUUUAGUUCAUGACGGUCCUUACAUAUCUACUUUUUGAAAUGAAAUAAUUAAUAAUGUUUAAUAACGAAAUUCUUUUUUUAACAAUCGUUAAUGUAUACUAUGCACAGCUGCACUUUUACAGACAUAUAAUUCUACAAAAUUGCUUUAGUAUGUAAACAUUGCUUUAUUUCAGUUUAACUUUUGUGAUAUUACAGUACCUUUAAGUAUUUUACAAUGGUGUUUUUGUAUAAAUGUUGUAAAUGUUUGUUAUUGCAAUAAAUUGUUAGUACAACUAUAACAGGCAACUUGGAUUUUAGUUGUUGUAAUUACAAGAUAUUGCUUUUGUAGAUUAAUGAUUUGUGAUGAUUCUUUUACAUAAUUUGUUAAGUACUGAAAAUUGUCCUACAGAUGGUGAUACACUUAAUCAAUAAAUUAGUAUAUAUCAUUACUUUAGUAACCAAAUUGGUUUUUUGUUUGUGAUCAUGUAUUGCAAGCAUAUUCAUUCAAUUUUGGAAGUUCUAUUUUGCUAAAACUAUAUACUUAUCAUAAUUAUUUUCUAAUUGGAAUAAUUAUUUUGUCUGUUAAAUAAUGGUACUUUUUUCUAGACACAGAUGUAUUGGUCAUUUAAAAAUAAAUAAAUGCAAUACCAUUAUGUCUAUGGUAAUGUUUAGUAGAAACAUAUGUGUUGGCCAUUUUAAAAUGAUUAAAAACAACAGCAUUAUGUCUGAAAAUGUUCACGUUAAAUCAUUAGAUAGCUGUUUAAAAUUAAGUUUCAUUAUCUAUCUAUAUUACAAUACCGUAUGUGAAAUAAUAACACACAUAAAACAAAAUUUUCAACUUGAUAUUGUGCUUAACAAGUUAUGCUAUGUUUCUUAUUCUAGUCAUGUCUUGAUUGUUUAUGUGAAAACUUGUGUUGUUCCAAUAUUACUUGAAAGUAGCUUUGCUAUGUGAUGUACAUUUUUCAUCUUCUAGCCAGAUUGUGCAAUCUUAAAUUUCCACUUAUUUUCAUUUCUCAUAAAUAAAAUAUUCAGAUUUCACAGGGUAUUUUGAAGAUAUUUUAGCCAACACUUACUGGCAGAAAAAUAAUAUUCACUUUACACGUUUACUACUGAACUUAAAAUGUGGACAUUCAACAUUAAUAGAAUUGGAUUUUCACUUAUUUGUGAAGCUGGGAUAGUAUUCUGCAAUAUGACAUUCCUUGAGUGCAGUGAGAUUCUUGUUAUUUUGUGACUAACUUAAUGCAGACUUAUUAAUUGUGAUCUGUUGAAUGUAGGAAAGUCUGUCACAUUUAUGAGUCACUUGGUCCGCUAAGGGACUUGAAUUUUAAAACUUGUGUGUGACAGAAUUUAUGUAUUUCAUCAGCAUAUAAAUGAGAUUGAGGAUAAUCCCUUCUACAGCUAAAAUUUCAUUCUCUGCAGAACUUGACUUGAGCAAACCUAUUUAGCGGACUGUCAAACUGAAGAAAAUGUAGGAUAAGUUUUGUAAAACUAUUUGAUGUUCUCUGGUAAAACAUAUGGGUUAAAUAGUGCGUUGUGGUCACUUAAGUGGUUAAUAUAAUUUAUUGCGCAUGAAAGUAAGGAAUAAUAAUAACAUUGUACAGAAUCGUAUUUAGAUUGAGUUAUUUUUGUAAUAUUGACCAUCUUUAUUUCUAAAUAGUACAAGGUAUGUCAUACAAUGUGGCUCGCAACUUACAUGUGUUACUAUGUCAUAUGGUUGAACUCAGAUUGUUUAUACAUUUAUUUAUUCCAUGAUUUUCUCAUUGCUAUCAUUGUGACCCAUAAGACCAAUUAUAAAUAUUCACUAACGGCCAGCAAAAUGCCAUGGAGUGACACACACACUCAAUAUCAAACUCUAUGUUGCUCAUAUAUAAAUAAAGCUUCAUGCAAAAUUUUAAGUCUAUGAAAUCGUCGUUCUCAACAUAUUGUGCAGACAGACCGAAAUAAGAUUUGUCCUCUUACUUUGAGUUAUAGAGUUCGCUAAUGCUCAGACAACAAAAUGUAAGAAAAUAAUAUAGUAAAUUAAAAAUUCUUAAAAAUAAUUUGAAGAAAUACUUAUGAAGAAAUAAUGUGUGAUAUUUAUUUCUACACGGAUGAUAGUGUAAGAAGUCUGUAACGGAUGAAUAUGUAUAUGUUUAUUCACAUUUGGAGAACCGUAUAAGUUGCCGUAGACUACAGCUAUAAACUAUAUUUUGAGUUAUUGUUUUCUCUUUUUAACAUACAACAAAAGUAGUAUAAAAAUAAUAAUAAAUCCACGAAUAAGAUAGUUUGUUAGAGGUAGGUCGGUAAUAAGUAUUGGUCAGCAGAAAACUUUUGAGUGUCCACAUGCACAAGGUUUAAUAGUCACCGUGUUAAUUGAAAACUUUAGUAAUAAAAAUUUGUAUUGCAAUACUGUAGAUAGAUAUUCAUUGAAUGGAAUUGUUUGAAUCCUGUAGAUGGAAUUUUAUUGUAACAUCUUGUAAAUAUUUGUUGUAAUGCUUUGUUUAUUACGAAACACAAAAGUAGUUUCAAACCUUUAGUCUACUGAUACGUUUUGUACAAUGCAUUAAUAUUGCUACACACAUAGAUGUUUUCAUUACCAUAAUUAUUAUUGUAGUAUUAUAAUAUAGUAGUUAUUUGUAAAAUAUCAUACAAGGAACUAAUAAAUUGAGAUUUCUCUGCAAUGUUA